AAACGUCACAUGAUGGUUAACACUGCGGCCCUGAACAGCUCUACGCCAAAUCUAAAGUUUCAUCAUAUGCCGUUUCCAUGGAAACGCAGACCUCGCCAUAAAACACAAUGUGGUCGUAACUCUUAGGAAAAUUGUCCAAAUGGCACCAGACUUCAGAUGAUGGCUAAUGGUCUGGCCCUCAACAUGUCUAUAUGACAAUUGUGAGAUUUGUUAAAACGCUGUUGCCAUGACAACAUGUUACUCGCCAUGAAACACGAUAACGCUGUCACUCCUAUAUGAAAAUUGUCAAAAAGUGCUUAAACUUCACUUUUGUGCUAACGGUCCAACACUUCACAUGUUUGAUAACGAUGCAGCCCUCAUGAUAUCUAAGCUUAUUAUGGGGUAUCAUCAUAUAGCGUUGCCAUGGCGACAUAUCACUUGUCAUUAAACAAGAUUUUUAUGUUACUGCUGUAACUCCUGUAGACAUUGUCUGAUCGGCCCUAAACUGCCCACGUUUGCCAACGGGCGAGUCCUCGAGACACCUAGGUGACGUGUCGACGUGCGGACAACAGCCAACCUGCACGGAUCGUCGAAGACCCGCUCAUCGCUGCUCACAGUUUUAAUUUAAUUAAAAUUAGUUUUUGUCCUGUCCUUUUGUUGUCUUGUUCCUUCCUGUUUUAUUUUUGAAAAGUAAUCCUCCCUCUCAUUUCAGGUCGCUGUGCUCCCCGCCCCUGUGUGUCUCCUGCAUUUUUGAUUGUCUACCUCGCCCUGAUUGUUUCCACCUGUGCCCCCUUACCUUGUGUGUAUAUAUUGUCCUAGUCCCCCCCCUGUCCUGUGCCAGUGUAUCCAUUAAAAACAACAGAGCCCCUCUCCAUCCCAACACCUUUCAUCUAAUAUACAAUCCUGAUUCCAUUAGCUUUAUUAUCUUGUUUUGCCUAACUGCCAACAUUAGUAAUACACACUAGCACUUUCAUCUAAACAUACAGUAGAGGAAGGAGCAUUAGCAAUAUUACUUUCGGUGGUGGCAAAGGCAAUAUUAGUAUUAGCAGUUUAUACAUUUACUUUUCACACACACACACACACACACACACACACACACACACACACACACACACACACACACACACACACACACACACACACACACACACACACACACACACCAACAUCAGAUCAACACAACAGCUCUUGUUCUGUGUCAAAGCUUAUGUUCAUUGUUCUGUUUACUGGUGGUCUUCUUUAUGUGUCCUGUUUAUGUUCUGUCCAACUGGAUUUGAUUUAGUUAAAAACAGUGUUAUUAUUAUACCAUUUAUAUGUUUUUCCUUUCAUAUUUAUGUAAAAACAAACAUUUCUCAAUACCACUAUUCAUAAAUAGGCUUCUGUUUGUUAAAGUGUCAAAAUAUCAUGUGGUGCGACCUUUAUAUAUACAGUCUAUGGGUGCGACCAAAUAUUUAUUUUACUGCAAUACAUUUGAAGAAAUAUAUCUUAUUUCUCUUGAUGAAAUAUGAAUCACUGAUAUAUAUGCUAUAAUAAUAAGUGAAUUGUAUUUAUUUAAACAUAUUUCUCAGAUUUAUGAGAUUUAAAGGAAACAUUUGAAACGAUACAUUGAAAUUAUUAAACAGAAAUUUUAGAUCACUUCAACAAAAUAGAAAUGCACAUUUACUUACCUUUUUAACACUAAGAUUACUGGCAACUUAAUGUUAAAGAUAUGUUAAAGUUAAAGAUAUUAAGAUGCAGUUUAUUUUUAUUGAAAAUAAUGAGCUGAAACAUCAACAUGGAAAAAACAUUAGAAAAUGUAAACACUUCAACAUAAAUGUAUGUGUCAACAACAUUCUUUAUGUCGGGAAACUUUCAAUACAUACUUAUUUUCUAUAUUUUCAAAUUGGCCUGAUGAAAUCCCUGAAAAGUCAUGGACCCAUAUAAUCAAGCAAGCAGAGAUUGAAAUCUUCCGAGAAAUGACAGAACGUCAGGAAGGGAGAGCUGCCUUAUAUUAUGGGUUGUUGUGUUUAUAUAAGACAGAUUUUAAACUGUAGGGACCUUCAGGGCAACGCGGCACCUUGCUCUGUGUGAACACCUCUGCUCGGUAGAUAAGGCUUAUCUGUCUAUGUGUUGUAAUGCAGCUCUCUGCAAACACUGGAGAUUUGUAAUCCAGCACAGUAAAGAGCAGCAGGAGAGAAUGGGAGAAACUGAGGAGAGGAGCGACAGAGGCACGGAGGAAAGUCCGGAAAGGAUGAUGCCGUACCACCAAGCUCUGCCAGCAGAACCACAGAGCAAGCUUUACCUGGGCUGUCUGAACAAACCUCAGCUGAUCCUGAUCUCUGUGGCUGCUGGACUCGUCCCCCUGAUCAUAAUCAUUACUGUCACAGCUGUGCUCGCCACAAAGUCAGAUUCCUCUACUGCUCUUCGCUUGUUUUCUACUGGUGGAGACAUGCUGGACUUCCUGGUUCAGUCAGGUGAUAUCAGCUCACCUGACGGCUUGAUGGCUACCUGGUACCACAGAGCUAACAGCAAGAAGGACAUGAACAAAGCCCUCACAAGUGAUGCUAUGAUCCUGGAGGCUGAUAUCACUCUGGAGGGUUAUGGAACAGCCAAUGAGAAUCCAAUCCCCAUCAUGGCCCACCCUCCUGACAUCUAUAGUGACAACACUCUGGACCAAUGGAUGGAUGCAGUGCUUGCCUCUAGAAAAGGCAUGAAGUUGGAUUUUAAGACUCUGAGAUCAGUGGGUUUGUCAUUGGACCUGCUCAGUCAAAAGUCAAAGAACAGUAGCAGAGGAAUCAACCGGCCCGUAUGGGUGAAUGCAGACAUCCUCCUGGGUCCCAACGCACCAGCCUUCCUGCCUAUAGUCAAUGGAACCAGUUUUCUGCAGUUGGUUCAGGAAAAGUUUCCUAAUGUGACGUUGUCUCCUGGAUGGAAGGUAUUCUAUGGACCUCCACUUUUUGCUAAGACCUACACCGAGGCCAUGGUGAAGGACAUGUACGAUAUGAUCAAAGAUGUUCCCCAGAAGGUGACCUUCCCUGUCCAUGCUCUGUUGGGUCGCGGCGGCUGGCAGCACAUCAGCUGGCUCCUCAGCCAGUCGUCACGGUUCAGUCUGACGCUGUGGCAGGGCUCCAUCCACCCAAACAUCAGUGACCUGCUGUUCAUCCGGGAGAACAGCCACCCUGCCAGAGUCUACUACGACAUCUAUGAACCAACUCUGUCUGCAUUCAGACAGGCAGCAAGCCAGCAGGGACUUCUUAGGAGAUUCUAUCCAGGAGGAGACCUGAUGGACUUCCUGUAUCCAAAUCACAACUGUGACUUCCUGUCCACGACCCCACGACGCAGCAGCCUGGACGUCCGCUGGGUCAGAGUCACUGACCGGACCUCCCUGCUGGAAACACUUUCAGGUGGUGAUGGGGGUAUGUUGGUGGUUCAGGUGGUCUCUGACAGUAAUCGACCCGGAGUCCCUCUGGUGGAAGGUUCUGGAAAGAGCUCGGAAGCCCUGACACUGGAGGACCUCCUGGAGCUGCUGGGCCAGAGAGCUGAGGCACCCUGGGGUGUUUACCUGCGAAUCCACUCUCAGCAGCUUCUGGAAGCUUCUCUCACACGGCUGCACUCGGCUUACAGCCAGGAGAAGCUGUACAGGCCUGUGUGGGUCAGCAGGGAGGGUCCACUCAGCCCAGAUCACAACCAGGUGUUUGUGUCCACAGUAGAGAGGCUGUUCCCGUAUGUCACGCUGGUCCUGAAGCAGCAGAACCUGCCUGCUGUGUCUCAGAGGGUGGCUCUGCAUGUGAACACAGCAUCACUGCAAACAGGGCUUAGAGCUUUCAGUCUCACGCUCCUACGUCUGAUGGACAUGACGGAUAGAUACGACCUUAUAGUGGAGGAGGACACCAGGGCUUUAGAGGGCUUAAAAGAAUUUAUGAGUCGGCAUACACAGAGAGCAAAAACACAUCCGUAUCUGACAUCUGAUCAAUCCCAACUGAGGAGGGAUAUGACCAACCCACCAUUUUAGCACUUAAAGAGGUAUUUCUGUUAUAUAUAUUGAUUUCAUGUGAAUAGACAUGAAUGUAUCUAUCAUUGCAUAUUGGUAUUUAAAAACCACAAUGAUCUAUUGAUGAUCACAUGUUAUCAGCUGAUACUGGCCCAUUACUGAUGUUAGGGGGAAAUAUUGUAAAAAAUAAAUGUAAGAAUGUCACUCAUACAUGUGUAGUAACAUCUUUCAUACCUGUUAAUUUGCAAAAGCAGAGAAGUUUGUUGAUGGAAAUCAUGGUUAUGAGGAAAGGUCGGAGGGCAUGUUCUAACCAUGAAUGAAGAUAUUGUUUGUCUGCCGUCUAACAGCAACGGUGGGAUUUAUAGGUUCAUGUUAAACUGUUCCUUGGCCCCAGAACAAACAGAAUCUUAGUCUCAGCUCUAAUGAUAAACGAUACAGCCGUCGGUCGGUCGGUCGGUACACCACCUCGGUCCGGACUGCGGUGUCUCAGAGAUCACCUUUUAAACAGUAAAUGAUUGUGUCCUACUGACUUUAAAAGAUAUAUUUGAGAUUUGAUGCCAGGUGUUGAGUGAUAUGAAGUGCAUUCACAACAAUUACAUGACAAUCACGCAGGAUGAACCCUAAAAGGAGUGAUCAUUUUUGGCUUUUAGUGAAAUUACCUGAAUACUUUUGGAUGGAUUACCAUGACAUUUUGGUCUGACUUUCAUGACAUUUCUACAAACUGAUUUUGCACAUGGGACAAGAUUUCACUAUUGGAAAGGUUCUGGUCUCAGACUCUUUACUUAAGUAAAAGUACAAAUACUA